AUGACUUCUAUUGGUGGAUGGAUGUGUAUCCAACCUCAAUAUUUGUUCAAUUACAGUAAAAAAAGAAAGGAAAAGCAUGUAAAAGAAGAGGAUGUUACUAUUUGUAUUGGCUUGAUGGAAUGGCGGGAAAGCGAGUGUAAACUUAAAAUCAAACGUGGAAAGAGAAUUUCGUGCAAAUUUUCAAACAUGGAUAUGAGAAUGGGUGUGUUAAUAAAGACAGAAAAUAAGUGGCGACAAUAUCAUCCUUAUUUUUACGACAAAGAAGAGGAGUAUUGUUUACUUUAUGAGAGUGGGGAGAAAGUUACAACGAUUCCUGGUUGUGAGGAGGAUUUUAUUUUACACAGAUAUCGAGAAGAAGUGGGAAAAGAUUACAAAAGAAUUGUUUUAUACCUUUGCAAAGAAAAUGACUUCAUGAUUACCAAGAAGUUGGACCAGUAUGCAGGAAGUGAUAGUGAUGAGCCACCAUGUAAAUUAAGCCAGCAUUAUGACCCAUUUAUUGGAGGAGAUCAAAGUCAAAGACAAGACGGAAUAUUCCCAUAUGUGUCAAAUUUUCAAAGUUCAUCUGUCAUGUCAUUAUCACCAGCAAGUAAUAGCGCACUACUCCCAGAAAGUAUGACAUACAUUUCACCAGAAUUGUUAUCAGGUAUACGAUGUUAAUUCUUUCCGUAU